AUGGGCGAUAUCGCCGUCGAAUUUGUCGAAGUAUUUGAACAAUCGCUUUUUCACGCACACGUUACCAUUCCGAAUAUCACAAUUCACGAUUUGAUCGUCAUCACCAAAAGCUCCAUAUUCAAGGCUUCUGGCUGUGCUGGCGAUGAAAGUUAUCGUUUGGUGUUGAGAUUGGCGAAGAAACUUGAUAUGGGUGAUGACGGGAGUGCGGUGGGAGGUCGUCGAUUUGAAGAUUUGAUGGACCAUAGAGACAAAAUGAAGUCCAUCUAUAGAGAGUGGCGUUGUGGGUAUGACAAAUGGAUUGGCUCAUUACCCAACAAAGCAAAACUGAGCGAUGAUCUGAUUGAAUCGAUCAUUUGUAAAGUAUUCAUUAAUUCAUUUGGUUUAACGUCCGUGUUUGGCGCAACGAUUGGUAUCGCGUUAUGUGUUCAGUUGAGUGGGCUUGAUCAUUCUUGUCAACCGAGCGCAAGGAUCGCGUUCAAAGGUAAUGAGUGUCGUAUAGUUCCGAUAAAACCUUGUUCCGAAGGAGCAAUCUUAACACACAGCUAUAUCGAUGAAUUGCUACCACUUGAAGAGCGUAGAAAGCAGUUGAUGGAAAGUUAUAAAUUCGAAUGUCAUUGCGAUGGUUGCGCGAAUGAAUCUCGCAAUAUGCAAAUGACAGCGUUCGCGUGUGAAGCUUGUAAAGGACCAAUUAAAUUGAACGGGAAAUGUGAAGACUGUAAGAAUAGUAUGACUAGUGAGCAUGUUUCUACGUGUGAAAUGGCCGACAAAAUGGCUCAAGCCUCUUUGCAAGCUCUUUCAAAGUGUCCAUCGGCAAGCAGCAAAUCAGCUUUGUGUAAGAAGUCAUUAGAAUUGGUUGAUGACGUUUUAUAUUCGUUCAAUGUUCGAAGACUCGCUCUGCUGCGUCAUACAUAUGAAAGUUGUGUCGCCUUAUCCGAAUUAUUCAUAUGCAGAUUCUCUGAAGCACUUAGCUAUGGAGCACAAAUACUCGAAGUGCUGAAUCAUUACGAUCAUCCAAAUGAUUUGGCCGUCAUUCACUUGAAAUUCAACCUUGCAAAAAUUUACUUCAAAAACGGACAAGCCGAAAUCUGCGGUUAG